AUGUUCAUAUUCAUUUAUGUGUUCAUCAGUUCGAUCAUAAACACAAGUUCUCCACAAAACUAUGUAUCUAUAUAUCACUCUGGCUUAGUCUGUUCAUAUCUAUCUAUUUUAUUCUGUUCUUAUCUAUCUAUCUAUCUAUCUAUCUAUCUAUCUAUUACAUCUGUUCAUAUCUAUCUAUCUAUCUAUCUAUCUAUCUAUCUAUCUAUCUAUCUAUCUCAGUCUGUUCAUAUCUAUAUAUCUAUCUCACUAUCUAUGUCUCUAAGUCUAUCUAUCUAUCUAUCUAUCUAUCUAUCUAUCUAUCUAUCUAUCUAUCUAUUGCAGUCUGUUCAUAUCUAUUUAUGCCACACUAUUCAUAUCUAUCUAUCUAUCUCUUAUGACCACAACACUAUCUAUCUAUCUAUCUAUCUAUCUAUCUUACUAGCUAGCUAUAUAUCUAAUUCUGUUCAUAACUACCCAUCUAUCUAUUGCAAUCUGUUCAUAUGUAUCUAUCAAUGGCACACUCUAUCUAUCUAUCUAUCUAUCUAUCUAUCUAUCUAUCUAUCUAUCAAGGCAGGAUCAUUAUUUAACCUCCACUAA